UGUUGAGAAAAAGCAGACUUAUGAAACACUUGGAAAAAGUGCGAAAAAAAAUCUACAUAAUUCAACCUCUUCGUUUGUUUUUCUCAUCUUCAAUGUUUUUAUUAGAUGACGGUGUAAAAAUAUUUUAGAGUGUUACUGCAUCAUCAUUAAACUCAAUUAAUUAUACAAGAUUGUGUAAACAGGAUGAAUGAGAGCGGGUAAAGGGUGAAUGAUUUGAUCAUGUCGGAGUUGGAGGGCGAAAAGCUCGUUACCUUGGACGGCGUCGAUUCUCAACAACGUCAAGGAGAAGAAGAAGAAGAAGAAGAAGGAGGAGGCUUGAAGGUGGACGACAUUUCUGUGUGUUAUGACCAAUUACCCGAUAAAGAAUGCCAGGUAAUUGAAUUAGAUUGUCAAAAUGAUAUCUCUGAAGGAAGAAAAGAAUUUCCCGCACCUGCUCUUGCUAUGGAAUUUGAGUCAUAUGAUGAUGCUUACAGUUAUUAUAUUUGUUAUGCCAAGGAGGUGGGAUUUUGUGUGAGGGUUAAGAAUUCAUGGUUCAAGCGAAAUAGCAAAGAAAAAUAUGGUGCAGUGCUUUGUUGUAGCAGCCAAGGUUUCAAAAGAACAAAAGAUGUUAACAAUUUGAGAAAAGAAACCAGAACUGGUUGUCCUGCCAUGAUAAGGAUGAAGUUAGUGGAAUCUCAGAGAUGGAGGAUAUGCGAGGUUACUCUCGAACAUAACCACGUCUUAGGUGCUAAGAUACAUAAAUCCAUUAAAAAGAACUCGUUGCCUAGUUCUGAUGCGGAAGGGAAAACUAUUAAGGUAUAUCAUGCACUUGUGAUAGAUACAGAAGGUAAUGACAAUUUAAACUCCAAUGCAAGAGAUGACAGAGCUUUCUCCAAAUAUUCUAAUAAGUUGAACCUGAGAAAAGGUGACACACAAGCCAUUUAUAAUUUCCUCUGCCGUAUGCAAUUGACUAAUCCAAACUUCUUUUAUUUGAUGGAUUUCAAUGAUGAAGGGCAUUUAAGGAAUGCAUUAUGGGUUGAUGCUAAGUCCAGGGCUGCAUGUGGUUAUUUUAGUGAUGUCAUUUAUUUUGACAACACUUAUUUGGUAAACAAAUAUGAAAUCCCUCUUGUGGCUUUAGUUGGAAUAAAUCACCAUGGUCAAUCAGUUUUAUUAGGUUGUGGCCUGCUUGCAGGUGAAAUUAUAGAAUCAUAUAAAUGGUUGUUUAGAACAUGGAUCAAAUGUAUACCAGGAUGUUCUCCUCAAACUAUUAUUACAGAUAGAUGCAAAGUUUUGCAGAGUGUAAUUGCUGAAGUCUUUCCCAGAUCUCAUCAUUGCUUUGGAUUGUCAUUAGUUAUGAAAAAAGUACCAGAAAAACUGGGAGGGUUGCACAAUUAUGAUGCAAUCAAGAAAGCGCUGAUAAAAGCAGUUUAUGAGACAUUGAAAGUGAUUGAAUUCGAUGCAGCAUGGGGAUUCAUGAUUCAACAUUUUCGAGUUAAUGAUAAUGAGUGGCUUUGUUCACUAUAUGAAGACCGAGUUCAUUGGGCACCAGUAUAUUUGAAGGACAAGUUUUUUGCUGGAAUGUUUGCAACACGGUCUGGGGAAAGCAUUAGUCCAUUUUUCGAUAAAUAUGUCCACAAACAGACUCCUUUGAAGGAGUUUCUUGACAAGUAUGAAUUAGCUCUUUACAAGAAGUACAAGGAAGAAUCUCUUGCAGAUAUUGAAUCGAGAAGCUCAAGCCCUUUGCUAAAAACCAAAUGCUCUUUUGAACUGCAGCUCUCUAGUAUGUACACAAGAGAAUUAUUCACCAAGUUCCAACUUGAAGUGGAAGAAAUGUUCUCUUGUUUUGGGACAAUGCAGUUACACGUGGAUGGCCCUAUCAUCGUCUUCUUGGUCAAGGAGCGCGUUUUGAUCGAGGGAAACAAACGGGAAAUUAAGGAUUUUGAAGUUGUGUAUAGUAAAACAUCAGGUGAAAUUCGUUGUAUCUGUUGUUGCUUUAAUUUUUAUGGAUAUCUUUGUCGGCAUGCGUUGUGUGUGCUCAAUUUUAUUGGGGUGGAGGAGAUUCCUCCUAAGUACAUUCUUUCGCGGUGGAAUAAAGAUUACAAGCGCUUCUGUAUUCCCGAUCACAACUGCUGUAGUUCUGAUGAUACUGAUACUGACCCUAUUCAAUGGUCUAAUCGGUUAUUUAGAAGUGCCUUACAAGUUGUGGAGGAAGGAGUAAUUUCUCUGGACCAUUACAAGGUAGCGUUGCAGGCUUUGGAAGAAUCACUUCAUCAGGUUCGUGAUGUAGAACACAAACAGGAGUAAACCUUAAAUGUACUUGAUAAAAAUUAGUGCUGGUGUAAAUAUUUAUAUCUCUGAUUUACCCCAUGGUGUUUAACUUUGGUCAUUUUACAAUGUCUAUAACUUGCAUAACUAUAGAUAUUUUUGGUCCUGAGUAGCUUUUCUUGUCAUUUCUGCAAUAAUUAAUCAAUCUAAUUCAUUUACAUAGUGGCGGUA